GCGAAAUACUAAUGAGGAUUGUAAACAUAUUAUAAGGUUAGGUCACUUACUGAUCUGACGAGCUUUUCGAGCUUUCAAGGACUAACGUUGAUAAACAAAGUAUUGCGCAAAUAGCGUCCAGUGUAAAUUAAGUAAAAGCACAUCAAAAGUUCAUAAUGAAUGAUAAUUUAAAAUUAUUACCCCCAGAAGUUCUAGAGACAAUUUUAAAUUACUGCGAUUAUAAUACUUUGAAAAAUGCAAAAGAUGUAAACUGUGCAUGGAACCGUAUAGCUGAUUAUUUAAUAAAAAAGCAAUGCAGACAAGAAAUUCCAUUACGAAAAUUCGAUUCGUUUAAAACUGCGUGGAAUGGUACUUUAGAACUAUGCGAGUUAUAUGAUAAUUGGAAAUACUGGAAGAAUAUGGAAGAAAACAUCUCUUUCACAAACGGAGUAUUUUUUUCACUGCAAGAAGUUAAAGAUCUAGAUGAAAAUAUAUCCCAUAUUUCUGUAGGAGGCAAAUGCAUUGCAAUUGCAUUUGAACGCAUAGUAAGAGUAUACGAUCAUAAUUCAACAUUUAUCAGAGAGUUUAAAUUUGAUAAUUUGAAUGAGAUUGAAGCAAUUCAUUUAGUAUCUGAUGAUCAGAGUGAAGAACCCCCGGCCUUACUUACAGCAUUUGAAUGCGAUGUGUUCAUUAGUGAUAUCAGUGCAAUAUAUGAUCAUGGAAUUUUUAAAUAUUAUCAAGGAUUCAGUGCGUUUCGGCAAUAUUUUUGUGGAAUAUACAAUAGUAUCCUAAUGAUUGCUGCAGUAUGCAGUGAUGAUUGCACACGCAAAAUGUCCUACAAUCUUGAAUUAUCUUUACCAGCCGAUUAUAAUGAUGAUGCAUGCGUAUCUACUACUAUGACAAGCACAGAAUGUAUAAUAAUGGUUGAUAAUAACGUAAAAAUAGUUUAUUACAAAACCAGUAAUAGUUCUUACGGACAUAUAAUCGAUUUAGCUCAACUUCAUUUAGCAAUUAACUAUAACUCUAUUCUUGGGAUAUUUCGUACAUGGAUAUUUGAAAAUAUUAUAUUUUUAUUAUACUGGGGAUUUCGAACAGAUGAGCAGAUUCUGGAAAUAUUUCAUCUUGGUAACAACGCAGUACUGAAAUCAACAAAAAUGUUCAGGCCUUACGAUACAUUUGAAGAAGAAAUUAAUUCUAUUUGGUUACAUGGUAGUACACUGCUAUUGUGUUUUAUGAGUGGGAAGAUUCUCUUCUAUGAAGUUUCUGAUUGGACCGUAUUUGACAUUAACAAAUAUUCGAAACGUGUAGAUUUACCCAAAAUACAACCAAUUCAUGGAGUAAAAGUAACGGAAUUUCAUAAGAAACGAAUUUUCUACAUUGCCGGGACGCAAUAUAUUUAUUACAUUCAUGGUGUUAGCACAAACACAAAUAUUAAUCCUGGUACAUUAUUUUAUUUCAAGCAAUAAACAUUUACAACCAAAA